AUGGACAUCGACAAGCACGAGAAGCUGGGGCUCGACGACAAUGUCGGGGUCAGCGUCGAAUUCGGUUCUGACUUGACCAAUGCCCAUCUUGACCCUGCCAAGGAGAAGAAGCUGCUGGCCAAGCUGGACUUCGCCUUUGUGCCGGUGAUUAUGUUUGCGUAUCUCUCAUGCUUUUUGGACCGGAGCAACAUUGGAAAUGUCAAAAUCGCAGGCAUGCCCCAGGAUAUUGGCGCCUCGACAACACAGUUCUCAACCGCCGUGUCGAUCUUCUACGCCACCUAUGUUUCCUUCGAGGCACCGCUGGCCAUGUCGAUGAAGAAAGUGACUCCACGCAACAUGCUCACCGUGUUGUGCGUUAUCUGGUCGCUGACCACUAUUUUCACCGGUUUCAUCGUCAACGUUGGCGGGCUAUAUGCCACCCGGCUGAUUCUCGGUGCAUGCGAGGCCGGGCUGUUCCCCUGCCUGAAUCUGUAUCUUACCAUGGUCUACCGACGUGAAGAGCAGGCAAAAAGGGUGUCGUAUCUGAUGAACUGUGCGGCUCUUUCUGGCGCUGUUGGCGGUUUGUUGGCGUAUGGGCUGUUGCAAAUGGACGGCGUGGCAGGGAAGGCUGGAUGGAGAUGGGUGUAUAUUAUCGAAGGCUGUUUCAGCGCUCUCAUCGCCGUCUGGAUCUGGUUCGGCCUGCCGAAUAACCCAGAGACCGCAUAUUUCCUCUCCGAGGAGGAGCAAUGGAUGAUGCAAGUGCGCAACGAGCAGCGCCGCCAAUACAUGGGAGCGGAGAAGUUCACCUGGGACGAAUUCUGGAUUGAGAUCCGCGAUCCCAAGCUAUACUUCAGCGGCGCCAUUCAAUUCUGCCAGGAUAUCCUCCUCUACGGCUUCAGCACAUUCCUCCCCUCAAUUCUCAGUAGCAUGGGCUACGAUACCCUCCACAGCAACGCACUUACUGUGCCAGUGUACAUUUUCUCUGCGAUCGUGUUCACCAUUGUCGCGUUCUACGCCGACCGCCUGUCGCGGUUCGCCGUAUUCCUGUUCGCCGCGAACAUCUUCUCGAUUGUCGGGUACAUCCUGCUCAUCAGCGUCGAUAACAACGCGGUUAAGUAUUUCGCAACCUAUCUCUGUGCAGUCGCGACGUAUCUGGGGCCUGGUUUGAAUCUGGCCUGGCUGAAUGUGAACGUCGCCCCGCAUCAUCGCCGUGCCGUCGCCGUCGGGCUGCAGCAGUCGAUUGGGAAUACAGCAGGGAUUGUGGCCGGACAGAUAUACCGUACCAAGCCAUAUGUUCUCGGCAACUCGUUCUCGCUAGGCGCGAUUUGUAUCUCGCAGAUGCUGAUUGUUGGGCAUAUGUUUUAUUUGAGAAGGGAGAUGUCGGUCAAACGUGCAAUUGAGGCCGGAGAAAGGGAGGAUAGCCGGAGAGUGAAGACGGGAGAUGGGGAGGUGGAUUUUAAGUAUUUGUACUAG